AUGGAGUCCAUUGAAAUAAGCUGUUUGAUAAUAUUCGUUGAUAUCCUCGUAAAUCUUCUUCCUUUAAAUACGAUAAUCAAUUGUGACAGUCACUUUCAUCGAUUGCGCGCUUGCCAUUUCCAUCACAAUGACCUAGAAAAUGAAAACAUUUUUGAUGCUUUGUCGCAUGACAUGAGCCAAUCUCACCCACAAACAUUAAGCGCCGACAACAUCAGUUUAAAUUUGUAA